AUGAAAGACGUGAGGGAAACCAUCCAGCCACGCAGCCCCAGAGAGAGGAGCCCCAAAGCCCCACGACUCCACACGUCCAGCACCAGAGACAGCGACACAAUGCUGCCUUAUUACCACAAGAUAGAGCUCAACAGCAACAUCUAA